GAUUCCGAACAAAAGCAUCGAUCGCGACCGCUUUCGCAACGCAGUACAACGCCGGCAGUCAUCAAAGUAGGUAGCCGGAAUCGUCGCCCUUCCGCAAGUGGUAACCUUGGCAUUUUCGUCUCUCGACCGGUCCUGGCUCGUUCACCGUUAAGUCGUCGACCUGCCGGUUGCCACGCGCGACCUUGUCCUUCGUAAUUUUUAUGAGAUAUCGCUACAUAUAUAUCUAACGUGUCAGUCGUUAUCGAGCAGCCUUGCCGCGCGUACAUUUGUUGACGCUUAAUCCCUGAGACAAGAGUGCAGACCGCUGUGCAUCCCCGGUGAAGAAACGGAGUUUACUAUUCAUCGUUGGAUGAUUGGGAGAACCGGAAAAGGAGUCGAUUGUCAGUAAAGGUCGAGUUCAGAAUGGCGCUGGUCUGGUUGGAGAAGAUAUUUCUCGUGAUAGUAGCGUUCGUCAGUUUGAGGCUCGUCCUAAAGGUCGGGAUUCUAGUGUGGAAGAAAUUGAUCGCCCCGAGUCUCGGAUUUGGAAUUGACUUCCGAACGCAAGGCAAAUGGGCGGUGGUAACCGGCGCGACGGAUGGUCUUGGCAAAGCAUUCGCCGAUGUACUUGCCGAGCAGGGUAUGGACAUUGUCUUGGUCUCGCGGUCCUUGUCCAAGCUGAAGGACACAGCUGCCGAGAUCGAGCGGAAGUAUCGCGUGGAGACUCGCGUCGUGGAAGCUGAUUUAACCGAAGGCCAGGUUGUUUACGCUGAAAUCGGAAAAGCGACGCAGGACUUGGAGGUUGGUGUCCUUGUCAACAAUGCCGGUGCAAGCUACGACCAUCCCGAGAUGUUCACGAAAGUGUCGGAGGAAGUCAUCGCAAGAAUACUGCAGCUGAACGUGGCUGGGAUGACCGGAGUCACGAGAGCGGUGCUGCCCGGCAUGAUGCAGCGGGGGAAAGGGGUGCUCAUCAACGUGAGUUCAAUGGCCGCGGCUAUCCCGAGCCCAUAUCUGGCCGUUUACGCCGCCAGUAAAGCGUACAUCGACAAGCUCAGCGCCGAUCUGGCUACAGAAGCCGCACCGAGAGGCGUCACCGUCCAGUGCGUUCUACCCGGCCCGGUCGCCACAAAGAUGUCCAAGAUCAAGAGAGCAACGUGGAUGGCGCCUACUCCGGAGACGUUCGUCAAGGCGACAUUGAAAACGGUCGGCAUCGAGUCACGGACAACCGGUUAUCCACCGCAUUGUUUGAUCAGCGGCUUCGUGGACGCACUGCGCUACAUGAGCGAAUCGGGAGCGGUAUGGCUAGUGACGAAGACGAUUCUCAACAUAAGGGGACGAGCUCUUCGCAAGAAAACGAAAACCCCGGUAGACUCCUCGCAAGAGGACGUUCUCUCUAAUUGAGAGAUCGCACGUUUUUGUAACGUCGUUUUCUUGUUAAUCAAUUAAUGAAUAAGUUAAUGUAAUGCGGCGCCUUGUUUCGUCAGUCGCCCUCGAAUUAUUUUUAUUUCGCUACUGCUUUGCAUUUAUUUAAAUUUCCAUCGACAGCUUUUCAUAUAUCAAAAUAUCUCUUUUUAAAAGAUGGAUGGUUUCGCAAUUUUUUGUUCCCUGCUAUCCAAGAUAAGGCGACAAGUUUAUAACACCGAUUACAAUGAAAGAAGGAAAGAUAAAAAAUAAAAACGAUCCAUCUUCAUUAACGCGUACUGUUUAGAUUGGAAUACAAUAGUGUUUUUUUUUUUGUUAAGUUUUUGCAGGUCUGUUAUAAACGGACAGAAAGGACAUUCGUCUUUUAUACAAGAACUAAUUAAUGAUAACGAUAUUAUUGAAUUUGACGCUAUAGUCUUUGAGAGAACACCUCGAUAUAUUUUGUACAUUGUACCUACAUACCUACAGUGAUUGCGAUAAUAAAAUUAAUUAUACAUAA